UCUCGCGCGGGGCGGUAACCGCGGGUUUCAGUGGGAGGGGCUUCUCGGCCUCUUCCUGGCCUCCCCACCUUGGCGUACACACCCCCGGCACACCACGUGGGCGUGAGGCAAGGAAGGAGGGGGUGUUAGGCCGAAUUCUAACGUCAUUGGUUGUCGCUGCUGCCGGCUUUCGCAAGGGAGCACUCUGAUUGGUCGGGGUUUUGAUUGGUCGGCCAGAGAGGUUACCUGGGAAUUACCCCCCCCACCCCGGGACUUUGAUAGGAUUUGGGAAGGUUUGCGUUCCCGAAGCCUUGCGAGUUGUCACAGGCUAAAGAGAAGGGAUCUCCGAGAGAUAGCAACCCCUAUCUCAGGAAACCCUAGUAUUUCUAGAGCAGGCUUUGCUUUCACCAAACCCAAGGAGGCGACAAGGAAUCCCUGUACAGGACUUAAGGAUGCUGUGACCAGAAGAUGGGAUCACGGAACAGCAGCAGUGCAGGAGCUGGGUCUGGAGACCCCUCUGAGGGCUUGCCCCGAAGAGGGGCUGGCCUGCGUCGGAGUGAGGAAGAGGAAGAGGAGGAUGAAGAUGUGGAUCUGGCCCAGGUACUGGCCUAUCUCCUCCGCAGAGGCCAAGUGAGGUUGGUCCAGGGAGGAGGUGCAGCAAAUUUACAACUAAUCCAGGCCCUCUCGGACUCGGAGGAAGAGCAUGACAGUGCCUGGGAUGGUCGCCUCGGGGACCGGUACAACCCACCCGAGGAUGCAACCCCUGACACCCGGGAGCUGGAAUGCAAUGAGAUCAAGACACAAGUGGAAUUGGCCACAGGGCGGCUGGGGCUUAAGCGGGCAGCCCGGGAGCACAGCUUUCCUCAAAUGCUGUACAAGAGAGAACGGGGCCUCUGCCACCGGGGAAGCUUCUCCCUUGGAGAACGGUCUCAAGUGAUGUCUCACUUCUUACCCAAUCACCUGGCCUUCACUGAUACCUACUCUCAGAAGGCUUUCUGUGGCAUCUACAGCAAAGAUGGUCAAAUCUUCAUGUCUGCUUGCCAAGACCAGACAAUCCGAUUGUAUGACUGCCGGUAUGGCCGCUUUCAUAAAUUCAAGAGCAUCAAGGCCCGGGAUGUAGGCUGGAGCAUCCUGGAUGUGGCCUUCACCCCUGAUGGGAACCACUUUCUAUACUCCAGCUGGUCUGAUUAUAUUCAUAUCUGCAACAUCUACGGGGAGGGAGACACACACACUGCCCUGGAUCUAAGGCCAGAUGAACGUCGCUUUGCUGUCUUCUCCAUUGCAGUCUCCUCAGACGGACGAGAAGUGCUAGGAGGGGCCAAUGAUGGCUGCCUAUAUGUUUUUGAUCGAGAGCAGAACCGGCGCACCCUUCAGAUUGAGUCCCAUGAGGAUGAUGUGAAUGCAGUGGCCUUUGCUGACAUAAGCUCCCAAAUCCUGUUCUCCGGGGGUGACGAUGCCAUCUGCAAAGUGUGGGAUCGACGGACCAUGCGGGAAGAUGACCCCAAGCCUGUGGGUGCACUAGCCGGACACCAGGAUGGCAUCACCUUUAUCGACAGCAAGGGUGAUGCCCGGUAUCUCAUCUCCAACUCCAAAGACCAGACCAUCAAGCUCUGGGAUAUCCGACGUUUUUCCAGCCGGGAAGGCAUGGAAGCCUCACGCCAGGCUGCCACACAGCAAAACUGGGACUACCGCUGGCAGCAGGUGCCCAAAAAAGCCUGGCGAAAGCUGAAGCUCCCAGGGGACAGCUCCUUGAUGACCUACCGAGGCCAUGGGGUGCUGCACACCCUCAUCCGCUGCCGAUUCUCCCCCACCCAUAGCACUGGCCAGCAGUUCAUCUACAGUGGCUGUUCCACUGGCAAAGUUGUCGUGUACAACCUCCUGAAUGGCCACAUUGUGAAGAAGCUCACCAACCACAAGGCCUGUGUGCGUGAUGUCAGUUGGCACCCCUUUGAGGAGAAGAUUGUCAGCAGUUCGUGGGAUGGGAACCUGCGUCUGUGGCAGUACCGCCAGGCUGAGUACUUCCAGGAUGACAUGCCAGAGUCUGAGGAACACCCCAGCGCCCCUGCCCCAGCGCCCCACCCCUCCACAGCCUUUUCCUCGCCCCAGUAGAUCUGACCUGACUGACCUCCAGCCCAUACAUGGCUGAGCCUCUUGAUAAGCUCUCUGCCUUCUCCUCCCUUUCCCCCUUCUGGGGGAUCUUUGGGAAAUCGCUGGCAUUCAGUGGAGAAAAACAGAAGCCCAGGCUUCCGGACCCUAACUGGGAAGAUUCUCCCCAUGGGUCGCCUCACGUGUUCAUGCCCAUUCGGCUUGGGUCUCUAUCUCUGGCCAGGUUCUGGCAGGACUCCCAUUAUCUGGGGUGUGGCCUUCGUCAGCAGGAGAACUGUCCUGAGUGUUUUUAAUCAUGUUUGGAUAUAGGUGUUAGGUUCUAGAUUAGAUUCCUGAGGUGGGUCUGAACUGAGCUAUCAGCCAGGCCCAUUGCCCAGGCCUUUACAUUAAGCAUUAGACUGGCCAGUCAGAGGGCCAGGCAUCCUGGCCUUUCUUCCAGAGGUUCUGAUGGCUAGAGCUCUAGCCCUUUAGGGGAGGGUGGGAUGGGUAAGGUGUGUCCUUAGCACCCUCCUGGGGUGGGAAUUAUGCCUUCUGUCUCCUGUGUCUGGGUGUUUGGUAUAGGACAGGCUGUGGUGUGAGAGGUUCUGUGUGGCCCCACACAGGACAGGCCCUCCCCUCCCAGAGUAUUCCAUCUUGCUAGAGGCCAGCAGCUUCAGAGAGGAUUGUUGAAGUAGGACUCCUUUGUCCUCUUACUGGCUUUGGCUCCCUCAAUAAACUUUCUGUGGGAAUCUG